AUGUUGAAAAUGGUUCGUGUAAUCACUCAAGAAACUUACGAUGAAGUUGUGAAGGAGAACAUGGAAGAGUUUGACAUGAGUCCAGAGGAGGCAAUAAAAGAAGCUGUAGCGCAGUUUGAAGCACAGGGUGUAGAUUUAUCUAACAUAAUUAAGGAUUUGACUCUUGAAUCUGGUGAUAAACAUCUGAUCAGUUUAACAGUGAAUAAACUGAACGAGUUAUGUAAAAGUGACAAACAUGAUGACAAAGACAUUUUGGAGCAGUUGGAUGUAUUAAGGGCAGAAUGUAAUAAAGAUAUUGCACAUAGAGUAAGAGCAGGCAAAGAUGGUGCUUAUUCGAUACUCAUAGACUUACUAGACGAGAAACUUAGGAGUUAUACACAGAAAGAAAAUAAAGAGGAUGAGGACUUUAUUGUUAAAAUUUUUAAAACAUUAGCUUCUUUAAUGGAUUCACAGCCUGAUUUGCUUGAACAAAAGGGUGUUGAUUUAAUUAAAAGCACACUGGACAAAAUACAAAACGAAACCAUUUUAAUAGGAGCACUCAAAUGGACAAGUGUAUGUUGCGUUAAACACGAAAUGAACCGCCAGAGGAUAUUUGCAAAGAAUAUUGGCGAGAACUUGAAAAUCUUAUUAAAAAGAAAAGGCAGUGCAAAGUUAUUAAGUGAAAGCCUCCAAGUGAUACGAAAAAUGACGUUGGAUGAUGAUGUUCGCGUCGAGUUCGGCAAAGCUCAUGAACAUGCCCGGGAACUCGGCGUACAGUUAUUGGAGACCUUGACAAAUUUACUGAAGGAGAACACCAAGCCGCCCGAGGUGUCGGAACUGAUGCUAACGAUCGCUUCGCUUCUGGUAAGGAACGAGCUGUGUGCUCUGGUCGCAGAACAUAGUGGCGGUCUGCUGUUCACAGUGCUCGCAGAUAACUAUGACGACGUCGGCGUAAUUCAACAGGCGUGCAAAUUGUAA